GAACCUAACCUCACAGUGUAUGUAUGUACCGCCGAGUCCUUCGCUCUCAGCUUCGCCAUUCCUGUAACAACUAAUUACCUCUCUGAUCUCAUCUUUGCUUCGUUUACGGCGUCAACGUCGGACACUCCAUGAUCGGCCUAAUCUCCCUGGGCCUGUCCGCCAUCGCAGGCGCCGCUGUUACUCGAACACACCUACAUCUGCCGCAAGCGGGCGUUCCGUUGAUCACGGUGCAAGAUGGACCGAUCGUCCUAUCGUCAACCACGACAGAGAGCGCCACCCUCGUCCUCGAUUAUGGGGCUAAUGUAGAGGGCAUCCCGUCCUUUGAGGUCGUAGGCGCUACAGGCGACACGACCGUUUUCGAGAUCACGUACUCUGAAAGCAAAGCCGGCUUGGAUUUGUAUAUGGGCGACGGGCCGAUCCCUCUAGCGGCGGCCAUGGACACGUACCGAGUCAACCGGUAUAACAUUGUUGGCCCGGAGCAGUUCACCAAUCGCCAUGUCCAAGGGGCCUUUCGAUACCAGAAGCUGAAUCUAUCCUCACCCGGCGAGCUGACGUUGCAGAAUGUCGGCGUGAUUCCCACUACCCGCACGACUUCGAUCGACAAACUGCCCGGGUCGUUCAAGAGCUCCGACAGCUCCAUUACAGACAUCUGGGCAGUCGGUGCUAGAACCAUUCAGCUGACCGAAAUACCCAAAGAUUCUAUCCCCGAGUUUUGGGAAAUCACCAGCGAGGGUGCCGUGAUCGACAGUCUUGCACCCCAAGCAAACGGGGCCCCAGAUGCCGUCACUAGUACGGCCUAUAACCUCGACUUCAAGGUCAAACCGCUGAUUGGCGGCUUUGGGUUCAGCGUGUUGUCUGACACUCUUAACUCGGCAAUCUACAUAUCAGUUGAUGCUGGAGCGAGGACAAUUGCGGCCUACGUCGGAUCGACUACCGAGGAUACGGAGCUCACCAGGGCCACGGUGCCGUCGAAUGUGACCAUGGCUCUUGGCAGCUGGCACUCCGUUCACGUCGAGGUCGCUAUGACCGACAUCGCCAUAAGCAUCAACGGCGAGCGAGUGCUCAAGUUUACCCAGUACUCCAAGUUCUAUGGCUCCUAUGGCCUUGGUGCUUCCUUUGGCCACAAGGCUGUCUUCAGAGACCUCGUCGCGACCGAUCCCGUGGGCACCGUCACCUACCAGCACCCCUUGAACGACAAGAGCUGCCUGAAAGAUUUUCUUUUAGGCACCAACCCUCUCGAUGUAUCCGUUGACGGUUCGCGCCGAGAUCGUAUCGCAUACGCUGGCGACCUAGACAUCGCCGCCUCUGCCGCCCUGGUCUCCACCCAUGGACUGGAGUUUGUCGAAGGUGCGCUUAACCUUUUGGCAUCGAUGCAGGCCACGCCCGGCUUUUUUAUACCCACAGUCAAGAUACAGCAAAGGCCGCUUUCGACUCCCUUGGACGUCAACAUCACAGGCCUGAUAGGAUACUCGUGGAACUUGCUCACAGCUGUCUCUCACACGUACAUGCAUACGGGUGAUCUCGCCCUGGCCUUGGAGUGGGCACCUAGAAUUGUGCGAAUGCUUGACUGGUCGCACUCGCAAACGCUGUCGAACGGCCUCUUCAAUCUCAGCGACGCCACCUUCGGCGGAGACUGGAACUACUACGACCCUGCCCAGUCUGGAGUCGUCACCAAGUUCAAUGUCCUCUACGCCUACGCGCUCCAAGAGACGGUCGGGCUCUUGGCCGAUGUCGGUGUCGACAUCUCUGUGUACCAAGACCGUCUCGCUGCUCUACGGGCAGCCAUUGAUAAGCACCUCUGGAGUGACGAGCUAGGCGCGUACGUCUACGCCGACGGUAUCCGGGACGGGUUCGGCCAAGACUCCAAUGCCAUCGCUAUUCUUGCCGGCGUCAACUUGGACCCAUCCCACUCGUCCGAAACCAUCUUGUCUACCCUGUCUAGGGAACUUUCCACGCCCAAGGGCCCACUAUCCUUCUCCUCCGGCGUCCUACAGCACGGAUUCCAGCGGUACAUCAGCCCUUACGCCUCUGCAUACCAUCUCCGCGCCGCCUUCACAUCGCAGAACUCUACCGCUGCCCGGGAGUUGCUUGACUCGCUGUGGGCGCCGAUGACUGAUACCAACAACGCCAACUACUCCGGCUGUUUCUGGGAGACCCUGGACGAGACCGGCCGCCCCGCUUUCGGAGUCCAUACGAGUUUGUGCCACGGAUGGAGCGCGGGCCCGACGGCUGAGCUGAGCCGUUUCGUGCUCGGUGCGCAACCCACCAAGCCCGGCUGGGCCGAGUGGGCAGUCUCUCCGCAGACUCUUGGUCUUACCUCCGCCCGGGGUGAGGUGCCCACACCUCUCGGUCCUCUUACUGUAAGCUGGGAGUUCUGUGGAACCCUCCUCAACAUGUCGGUCGAGGCUCCUGCCGGCACCACAGGGUUGGUCAAUGUCCCGUACCCGCUGUUGGUUCCGGUAACCCAGUCCAAGUUCAUUAUGAAUGGUUCUGUUGUCAACGGCACCACUCUGAGGGUUAAAGGGGGCUCAAAGGUCACCAUUAUGCAGUUAAGGAAAUGAGCAAGUGGAUGCAACGCGGUAAUUGAGAAUAAGAAGCCAAGGGUAUUGUCGUUCGAGGUUGUACGUCUCACAUUAGUCUACAUAAUAAUCAUGUUGGAUAAUAAGUACAAGCAUCAACGACACUUUCAGACCGCACACGC